GCAGGGUCCACCACGGUUCCGGCUUCGCCCAGGCCUCCGUGCGCGCAUAAGUGCAGAUAUUAAAGAGGGGCUUUCUAUUUCGAUUACUAGACUGUAAUGCCGCUGAAAAAGGCCGUAGCUCUGGACAGACGAAUGGAUUUGGCUUCGCUUUUCUGCAUGAUCGCGCGACACGGUCCCGCCGUGGCUCUGGCUGUAAUAGCGAUGGUGUCCGUGCUGGGGGUUUUCGUUAUCUACCGCAGGGGGAAGCGCAGGAAGGCCACAGCUGCAGCCGCGGACAGGGACAGCAAGAGCCCCGGAGUCGAGAGGUCCGUGAUCCGUCCGGAUCAGGAGCCGAGCCCGGAGGAAUCGCACAGCUUUGUGGAGUCAACAGAUGCGAGUGAAAGCUCGUCAGAUGUGAAAGAAGAUCUAAUUCAGAGGCCUUUCGAAAUCAGGCAGCGCCGUGCUGUUGCUACUGAAAAAGGACCCACACCUUUUUCUUCUUGGAAGAAUGAUUUCCAAAUACCAGCCAACAAGCGCACCACAUCAGAUGACACAGAGGAAAUGGCAGCUGUGCAAGGCUCUAAUAAUAUAACAGGGAUGUUUGCAGAACAGGCCAGUGGGAACCUGCAAAGCGACGCUUACGAAGUGGAGGAUGCUGCCAAAUUCUACCAGAGUGCAACAGAUGAUACUAGUAAUGGUUUGAUAGAAGAGGUGGUUAAAGCAGAACACCAAGAAAAUGAGAAUGUGGCCACAGACAAAGAUGUGUUUGGGAAAACCGGACAAGAAGUGGAGAAGUGUGCUUCAAACAGUCCAGUCUGUUUUGACCAAACCCCUCACAUGAGUGAAAAUGUUGAUGAUGACAGACCACAAUCUGAACUCGCACCAGAGCCAAACAGCGUGGUGUCCAAGUUGGAAGAACCUGUCGUCCAUAUCAAAGACGUGCCUGUCUCUUGCAUCCGUUACGGGAAAGAGGAGGAAUUUGAGGAAGAAAAUCGCCAUCCACACAGCAAUUAUUCCAGCAAUGUGCACCUGUCUCCAGAAGAAACAAAGAACAAUGAGAGUGAGGAGGCAAAGAAAGAAGAUGAGAACUACCAAAUGGCUGCUCAACAAACUGGGACCCAGUCUUCAAUAUCUGAACAAGAAAUGAGCGUGCCAUCAUCACAACAGGAUCAGUCUGAUCACAUGACAGACAAGGUGUCGCCACACCAUGAUGAUGAACAAGUGAAUGAAGAGGUUAUAGCUAAAGAUCACUUAAAAGCAUUUAGAGAUGUCACAUUUGAUACCCACUCACCACAGGUUGAGCAAGAAAGGGAGACUGAACAAAAGGAAGGUCUUGCAGGCCAUCAGGAGGAUGUUGUUCCACCUGUAACCACUGAUGCAAGACCUCAAUUCUCAGGUAUCCUUGAUUUGCCUGACUUGACAAGGGACUCUCAACAGCCACAAAGUGAAGUGAAAGAAGAUGAAAUUGCCCCACCUUUGUCUAAAAACAUAGAGGCUAAUAUUCUUAGCCCUCACCUGCUGUGUCUCAAAAAAGACCAAGGUACAACCGGUGCUGCUCCUUUGGCUGAGAACAUUACUACACCUCCCUUGUGUCAAAUUCACUCGCUGUCUUUCAGGCCAAGUGAGUUUAGGGACAAUGACAAGGAUAGCAUGUCAUCUCCUGGUACUGGAGAAGAGAGUGGGAUUUCAAGCCUGACUGUCAGCCCUGAUUUGCAAGAUGUUGGAAAUGAGUUGGACGUGACCGUUGAAAAUGCAGUGCUUCCUGUAUUGGAUUCUGAACCACAGUCUGAAGAAAAGGUAGAGGCUCAAAACAUCCUCCUCACUGAUGAUGCAGCUGUAUCUGUUAAUGAGGAUACAGCAGGUAUGGUGUCUGGGCCUUACCCAUCACAUCUCUCCCAGCAACCUCACAGUGAGAGCACAGACGGGGCUAAGUACGAGUCAUUUGCAGCCAGUGAGGACACUCUUGGCCGUGACACCGAGGACAAGUACCACAGAGCGUUGGAUCAGUUGGCAGUGCAGAGUUCAGCAAGUGUUGCCAGUGAGAAGAAGACACAGGCAGACAUUAAAGAUGUUCUUCCAGUGGUAAAGAUUACAGAUAACAAGGAAGGAGUAAGUGUUGAAAAGAAAGCGGAGAAGGAAAAGAAUUAUGAAAAGACUGAAAUCAGUAUCAUGGAGGCGACUAUGGAUAAUAAUGAAUGGAUCUCAGAUGGUAACUACCCAGUCCUUCCUUGGAUGAAUGUUUCCCUCCCAUCUUCUGCCCAAGAAGACACAAAAAACAACCAGCUUCCCACUGGAGAAUGUCAACCCAGCUCUGGCAUAGAUACAGAUGGUACACCCCGCAUUCAAGUCAGUCAAACCAGCACACGCUCUGUUGACGAAAACAACAAGAAGGUUUUGGCGGUGCUGCCCAUGCCUCAGAAUGUCAGUGUGACCUUCCGCAUCCACUACCUCACUUAUUCGCCAAACCAGAUGGUGGCUGUCACAGGCAACCAGCAGGAGCUGGGGAACUGGAAGGAAUUCAUUCUGCUAGAGAGUGCUGAGGACGGAUACUGGGCCGCUGUGGUCAGCCUGCCCGCAGAGAGCCAUGUGGAGUGGAAGUUUGUGGUGGUCGACAAGGGCAAAGUGUGUCGCUGGGAGGAGUGUAGCAACCGCCACCUUGAUACAGGUUAUGGAGAAGACCUGACUGUGCACAAAUGGUGGGGAUUCUUGUAGGAGUUGGAGAGGGCAGAGUUGUAGAGGUUUCUACCUAGAUGUCUUUUGAAGUGCACAUUUCCAUGAUGAAACUUCACUUCAUGCGACUUUCCUCUGAGGAUUGCCCUCCGAUAGCGAGUGAUCAGGUGGAUCUUUCUGUGGACAGGACGGAAAGAAGAUGAACGAUUACAUUACAGUAUGGCAAUAUCUCAUUAUGCAAAUUGCACCUUUUUAAAAGUGGGUGAAGUUUAAGGAAAUGGACUGUAUACUCUCUAUGCUGCUUGAAUAUUCCCAAACAAUCUAUGAGAAUAAAUGCACAUAGUUCACUUUUACUACAGCAAUAAUCAAAGCAAUAAUUUUUGAGUGGUGUUAUAUCGGGUAUUAUGUGUUUCUCACACUAAACUGUGAUGCUGCUUUUAACUCAGGACUGUGCAUGCAUGUUAUCCCUAUUGCUGUUCUAUGAAUGUGCCUUUUUAAACAUGACUUUUCUAUUAAUGUGUUGUAAUGUAUCACAAAAGGGUCUUUGCUGGUCAUGUUUUGUUUUACUGCAACUUGUAUUGGUUUAAUUAUGUUCACAAGUUAGUUUUUACUCACAGUACAAUAUAGUCUGUCAUGUCAAAUCAGAAUAUCCUAAUAUGCAAUAUUGUGAAGAUAUUAUUGAAUGUUAUUAAAGUGGAGCUGGUUACCAAAUAAA